AUGAGUCACAUUUUAAAUAACGCGAACUUUAGCGAAGAAUCUAUUUUUCCUUCACCGAAGCGAUUCAAGAUGAACACCACAGAUACACAGAACAACACUUUCCUCUUCACCUCUGAGUCCGUUGGUGAGGGACAUCCUGGUAAGUUUUAAUUCUUUGCCCAUCAUCUUCUCGUCCUUUUCUGCACAGGUUGCCAUUAAAUGUCCCAUCGUGACAUAGAAGUUCAUCUCCUCAACUUUCAAUUUUGACCGACAUGUGUUAUUUCUUCGUAGACAAGAUUUGCGACCAGGUUUCUGAUGCUAUCCUGGAUGCUCAUCUUGAACAGGAUCCUGAUGCUAAAGUCGCGUGCGGUAAGUGAAGGAAGAGUGGGUCAGGGUUAGCUUUGUUUUAACAACAAAAGUGUACGCAACUAUUUGUUGUGCUAGAGCUCGGAACCUGCUUGAAAUGCUGGGCGGUCGAAACUUGCCGAUAACACACCAGUUUGAGAAGGCCAAUCUGAUCACUUAAGCUGAAUUGAAACAUCGGCUGUUGAAUGAAAUUUGUUAAAUGUCUAAUUUCGUUCAUAAACUACGAUUUGCCUUGUUUAGGCAAGGGGAGAGCUUUUUGCGAAUGAGGUCAGAAGAACUGAUUUCCCCGAAAUAAUCAAUCACGGUUGGUCUUCCCCAUAUUACACCGAAUCCUCGUUGUUUGAAGAUCUCUUUAUUUAUUGUGUUUUCUCGAUUUCUUGUCUCCGUGGCAAAGCGUAUUUUUGGUGGCCAACCGUUCCUAUACACAUGGCAGUAGUUUCCCGGGACCAAGUAAAAUUGCGUAAUAAGAUAUAUUCAAUAUUUGGGAAAAUCGCAUGAGUCUAUGCCGAAGCUUUUUUAACUUUCUCACAAUUUAUGCUUUCCAAAGGAAAAUUUUCUAUUCUAUGUUUACGUUUUUUGCGGUUUUUUUGUGUCGUAUUUUUUUUGGUAUCUCCUGCGUAAAACUUGGUCCAACUCUUGCUAAACCGGUUCAGAUGUAAACACGACACGUUAUAAACUUUUACGCACGUAGUACUACUAAUUUUAUUUCGGAGAAAUGACGAUUACGCAUAUUCGCCUAAUUUUAAUUUUAUUAUGCCUUAAAACAAAGAUCGUGAAUAUUUUGACACAACUGUGGUGAUGCACUUCAAAUCGAUCGCGAAAGUACGAAUCUGAUCAGAUUUUUGAUUCAUUAAGUGCAUCACCAUAAAUUUCGCACUUCACAUAUCUCGAAAGACCUGUUUCCGUAUGAAAUGGAUUUCUAUUUCCAGUUGCGCCAGAAUAACAAGAAAAAGCCCGUUGUGGUAGUUAUGCCUGUUUUCUGAAAGUUAUGCCCUCGGCUGGAGAAAUAAAUUAUAAAAUUCUAUGUCCAUAACUGAACACGAGAUAGUGACGCGGUCAUGUAGAGAGGUGAUUGUUUACAAAAUUGGCUUCACUAAAUUCAUAUUACAGGUCAAACUGUUUACCUUUAUUCAAUAACACAAAAUAGACAUUCAAAGACUGGACGUGGCAACUGAUAUACACAAUUUUUUUUUUGUAUUGAAAAGAACUAAAGGUUGUAUAAAGGCUGGCAGCAAGUGACAAUUGUAAAUGGUGUUCCUUCAGGAAUACUUCCAGUGUCAUACAGUAUACUGCAAGGGUCAGUUUUGGGACCUACGCUUUUCUCAAUGUUUACGAAUGACAUGCCAACAUCUGUAGUGUCAGGAUCGGUGUAUAUGUUUAUUGAUGACACUACCAUUUAUUGCAUCGGUACAUCAGCAGAUGAAGCCACUGCACAACUAAACUUAGCAAUGCACGAGCUGUACUCAUGGUGUCUCGCUAACAAGCUAACACCCCACCUAGGUAAAAGCAAAGCAAUGCUCAUCAGCAGAAAGACCCCUAUAGGGCCUAUUUCUUCAAUCUUCAUCGGAGGACACACUAUCAAAUGGGUAAUCAAACACGCUUACUGGGAAUGACAGUUGACCAUAAACUCAGCUGGGUCCUUCAUACACUGGAACUUAAGAAGAGCUUUGUGAAUAAACUAUGCUUACUCAAAAAGCUAAGGUUUCUGCCAAGAAUAAUGUUACAGGAUUUUUAUUUGAGGGUUAUCUUUCCCAGCGUGAAUUAUGGCCUUGUCAUAUGGGGUGCCUGUUGCAACUCCGAUAAUUUAGAUUUUUUAGAAAGGCUACAUUGCAGAGCGGCUAGAAUUAUUUUCAAUUUACUGAAAGAUAUGGCAUCUCAUGGUGUCCUGGAGCGUGCAGAGUGGUUCAUUAUUUGUUUUUAUUAUAAACUAGCUAUUUUUAAAUUCAUGCAUAAGGCUUAUUACGGAAGACUGCCUAGCACCCUAACUAACUGUAUUGUGAAGAAAUGUAAUCUGUCAUACUCAAUGAGAGCAUUAUGAAGGACUCUGUUGCAUACAGUGGCACUGUCCUUAGGAAUAUGCUGUCUUCCAGAACACUGACCUUGCUGACACAAGCCUUUGUAACCUUGUAAAAAAGCUCAAAACUUCUGAUCUUUUUAAGGCCACUAAAUGUAACGUAUUAUCCACCUCGACUGUUAGUUUUGAACAAAACGAUUUUGUAUAUAAUUGAAAUUAAGUUAGUUUUUCUAUGUCUUAUAGAUAUAUAUUGUAAAAGUUCAUUUUAACUACUGAUCUAAGUAAUGUAUUGUAAUUUUUGUAAAAAACAUUUUAUCUAUUUUUUAAUAUCAAAGUAAUUUAUUGUACACGACCCCACAAGCUUUCAGCUUUUAUACAUAUCAUGUAUAAAUAAAGUUACCUUGCCUUACCUUACCCAAGAAGGUAGUAUUGUAGAAUAUUUGUUCCACAUGCAAAACAGAAACCCUGCCGCAUUUCACAUUUUUAUAAGUACACUGUUCCACAAGAGAAAGAUGAUUCAAGAAUGUAUUGUCUAAUUGACAUUCAACUACCAAUUAAAUAGUAACUAAUAAUAAUAUUUACAAUAACAGUAAGGAUGACAAGAAUUAUGAUACAUUAUGAUUUUUGAUACAAAAAGGCAUUCAACAUUUCAGGAUAUUCCAUUAUUGUGCAUCUUAAGAUAUUCUUCCAUUCUGCUGAUCCUCCCUUCCAUCAUUCUAUUUAAUUACUCAAGAUAUAUUUCACAGCUAGCUCACUCACCAAUUUUGGCAAAAGUUGCUGAUUCAAAUGGUAAAAUGAUCUCUCUUCAAAGAAAAAUUUGUUCUCAAAGCUUCCAUGAUGUGCAGAUCACGUCUGUUGAGAUAUUUCGCAAGGAAAAGUUUUGAUUUAAAUUGUGUGCACUGGUGGAUACCACUGUGAAAUUAUUUUGAGAUGUUUAUCAUCAUUUUGAAAUGUCACAGCAGAAACUGAAAAGACUAUAUCGGAGCUUUAUAAAUUGCAGGAACGGUAAAAUGCUCUCUAUUCAUUUCACACAUAACUUCUACUAUUUAUAAAGAUAUUUCUAAAAGGAAACUUUUGUUUUAAUAGCCUGCAAUCCUGAAAUGAUUGGGAGAUAUUUAUUGUCUUCUGCUGUCUUUUGUAGUGUCUAGGCAAGAACUGAAAACAUAAUUUGCUAGUGGUUUUGAGCUAGAAAUCGCAAAAAGAGACAACAUAACUGGGUAUCAAGUGCAAAUGUUGAACUACCAAGAUAAUCGGAAACAAAUGACAAGUAGCACUGGGAAACAUUAAGUCAAAACAGGGUCAAGAUUGGAAUUCUGCUGUUACACUUGCUCAUCUUGACAACAUAUAUGGCUUUGCCUCCUUGGAGGCAGAAGCGAUGGGAGCAAUCAUGCAAGUUGAUUGUGGGGUCCUGGUUCAUAUUUUGCUGAAGUAAAAUAAUUAUCAUGCAUUGGUAAUACUUAAUGUAUGGUCCCAGGGGAAACAUUUAGUUUUGUUUUCUUGAGAGUCCAGAUGUUUCCCUUGACUUAGUCUCGGGAAACAUCAGUACUCCAAACUAACUAGUUUCACAAGGGAUCAAAUAUUAAGAGCUUUGUUAUAUAUUUAGACUUUACCUCAAACAAUCAUAUAGCAAAAACAAACAAAAUUUGAUCAGGGCAGGGUGUGAAAUUGCACCUAAUACAGGCGCCAAUGAGCCUAAAUUUUUCACUUUGGCGACCAAAUCCUGAAAGUUAGUCGCCAAAUUGGCGACUAGAACAUUUCAUCAUAACCUUACCAAGAGAUAUAGUGAAUUAAAAAGAUUUGCAAAGAUAAAUCCGCGGCAAACUUCCUGGUUAAGUUUGUUUCCAAAACGUAGCACAUGCAUCUCGAUCGAUAACUAGAUGCCAUCUUGGAUUUAGAUGAGCCUGAACGUUGUAUAUCAUCCAUCCUAGUGUCCACUUUGUAGCACAUUAAAGAUCUUUUCCCCAACUUAAUUUUGGAGGGUCUAUCUAGAACGCUGACAGCGUAAAGAAAGAUUUUGUUUGUCUUUGAAAAUGGCGACCAACUUUUUUUGAAUUGGCUACCACUUUGAAGAAUUUAGGAGCCAAGUGGCUAUCAGAAAAAGAAGUUAGUUUCACGCCCUGCAGGGGCACGUGACUAAGAAUCAACCAAUAACAGUGCUCAUUUUGUUGAGUGAAAGUAUAGGUAUAUAACAAAUGUUGGUGGUUUCUUUCCUUGUGUGAACAGAAACUGUUUCCAAGACUGGUAUGAUUCUUGUGUGUGGCGAGAUCACAUCCAAGGCUGUUGUGGAUUAUCAGAAGGUUAUUCGUGAUACUAUCAAGAAAAUUGGUUAUGACGACUCGAACAAAGGUAUGAAUGUUUGUUAUGAAAUUAAACUAACACUUUCUGGCCCUAAUUUGUAUUUUUACCAUUAUAAGUUAUAAUCACUUAAUUUCUGUUUGUGUUGUCUGUUCUUGUUUAACUUCCAUAUAACUUAUUUAUAAAUGAUUGUGGACAAAUUCAUAACAAUGAAUAUUUAUCUUUUUAAAUAUCUUUUCACUGAAGUACACUUGUUUGUUGGUUUUCAGGUUUUGAUUUCAAGACAUGCAAUGUAUUAGUUGCCCUUGAACAGCAAAGCCCUGACAUUGCCAUGGGUGUCCACACGGGAAGAAAGGAGGAAGAUAUUGGUGCUGGUGACCAAGGUCUCAUGUUUGGCUAUGCCACUGAUGAGACAGAGGAACUUAUGCCUCUGACAGUGGUCUUAGCGCACAACCUUAACCGAAAGCUUGCAGAGAAGAGGCGUGAUGGAUCUAUGUCCUGGCUACGACCUGACUCUAAGACUCAAGUCACUGUAGAGUAUAAAUUUGAAGGAGGUGCAGCUAUUCCUCUCAGGGUUCAUACCAUCGUUAUUUCCACUCAGCAUGAACCAGAUAUCACAUUGGAAGAACAGAGGAAGCAGCUUAGGGAAAAAAUCAUCAAUGUAUGUUGAUGAAAAAAUUCUUACAUAGAUAAUUUACAAGAAGCUCCUUGCAUUUUAUUGAGAAUCCCUGGUCAAGUACCCAUGUUCAUCAGUGUGGCUCAGUUUACUUAAAAUUGCCUUUUUUUAAAGUGGCUAUCAUAACACAGGUUAUAGUUGAAGGGUUAAAAUUCAUUGAUACAGGGUACCUUUUAUCAUGUGUAUUGGUUGUACAACAGAGAUAACUUUUUAUUCCUGUAAUUGAUCAUUUGACUUAUUAAUUACUGUUUUUUAAAAAGCUGUUUAUUAAACCACAUUCUGAUCAGUGGCUUGCUGAUAACUAACGAGAAACUUGCAACAGACACAGAGAAAUUGAACUUGGCACAAGACCAAACACCUGGAAAUCAAUAGCAAAUAUUGCAGAACCAGUGAGCGACUAGCAGAGAAAAAUAAAUUAAUUUUUCCUCUAUUUUUUUGCAGGAGGUUGUCCCUCCUAAAUAUCUUGAUGAUAGUACUAUUUACCAUCUUCAACCUUCUGGUGCAUUUGUGAUUGGAGGUCCUCAGGGUGAUGCUGGUCUGACAGGAAGGAAGAUCAUUGUAGACACAUAUGGUGGAUGGGGAGCACAUGGUGGUGGUGCUUUCUCUGGAAAGGACUACACUAAGGUUUGUCAUAUUGAUACAACCCUAAAACUUCCAUAAUUAGGUGUGAUUUUCUCUCUUCUCUGUGCUCUACAUUUAGUUGUUCUUCAUGUCCUCUAGCUGACAUUUUGGUGUACAUUUGCAUUCCCUGUUAGCCAGAUGGUGUAUUGACCUCGUUAUUGAAGUCCCUUUGGUCACUUUAAAGAGAUAAAGGGGCAGGGUUGUCAUUAAAAAAGUAAUAGAUGUGUGAUCUGAACAGAGCGGGCAAUUGAAUUGAAUUAUGCUUGUGCAGCACAGGAAGCAUGGUGUAUUGCAACUCAGGUCAGGGGUCAUGUUCAUUGAAAAACUUUGAAAUUUGAAACUCACUGUAAUGAGAUUUCCAACAUUCUUGGACUAAUUUGAGCAACUUUAUUUGGCCAGCUAAAUUUUGUCUUGGAUCACCACUUACUUAGUAGCCAGCGCAAAAUGGUCAGACAGCCGGCAGGUUUGCACUGUUUACUAGCUUCCAGUGACCACUCGGAAGGGGUCACGGUUGAUAGAUAUGAACCUUCCUCCAAAAGCUUUUUCGUAGACUAGUCAUUUAUUUUUUAAUUUGUUGAUCUUUAAAAAUACAGAGAACAAUAAUUUUGUUCCGGAAAAAAAAAAGUGUGCAUAUGUCUUGUAACCUAAAUAACAUGACUGGCACUUUUCAGGUUGAUAGAUCUGGUGCUUAUGCAGCAAGGUGGAUUGCCAAGUCUCUUGUAGCUGCUAAACUGUGCCGUCGUGCUCUUGUUCAAGUCUCGUAUGCCAUUGGUAUCGCAGAGCCUCUCUCAAUCACAGUGUUCUCUUAUGGAACUGGCAAGAAAUCUGAAGAUGAACUCUUGAAAAUUGUUAGGGAAAACUUUGACCUCCGUCCAGGAAUGAUUGUGAAGUGAGUUCUGUUGAGCUGUUUAUCAUUUAAUUUUAAAUAUUUAUUAUUUUUGUGCUCAAAAUGUCUAUUAUUUAAAACUUUGUGUUUUGGUCAACUCAAGUUUCAAAUUUGAUGAUGAAUUAUUCUAAAAUUUCAAGUACUGUAGGCUAAUUAUACUUUAUUGAUAAAAUUUUUAUUAUUGGGACAAGUUGUACUCUCCUUUUUGUUAUUCUAGAACUUGAAAGAAUUGUGUUCCUUUAAAGGUUGAAGCAUGUUUGAUAUUCCAUUAAAAAGUGUACCUUUAUAGUUGACUACAUAAGCCUUGUUGAUUUGGUAAAUUUUCUUCCUUUUUUUUUCUGUCCUUUAGAGACCUCAAGCUAAAGAAUCCCAUCUAUCAAGACUCGUGCAUCUAUGGUCAUUUCAAACCUGGCCCUGGCUUCACAUGGGAAGUUCCUAAGAAGCUAGCUUUUUAACUGAAUUUGCCAUUCUUACACCUGGAAACUCAAAGAGGAAAGUGACCCAUGGAGUGGACACAGAUGAUUGUAUUUGAAACUAGAUUUUCAAAGCCUCCAAAUAUAAAUACACCAAACAGAAAAACACAAAUUAUCACUGCCUUAGUUUAAUAUACGUAUUUUCAUUUAUUCAAAAUGCAUAGCGUGUAGGGUAAUUGUAUUUGCUAAUGUGGCUCUUGUAUUUUGCUGUAAAAAGCAGCAAGCUUGUUUCGGGAAAAGCAGUCUGAGAAAGGAAAGGUUAUUUUAUAUUAAUGAGCAGAAGGAGCAGUAUAGGACCUGUAGAAAAAAAACAAACUAAAAUAUGUUUAUUUAUUAUCUAAUGAACGGUUGGUCUUACAGCCCAUUAAAGCAACCGAAGAAACUCUACGAUGAACUUUUAAUCCAUGGAGAUGGAAAGUUUUUGUUGUUGAUGUGUUUAAUUUUUUUGUUUUUGUUUUUAUGGUUAAUUUUAUGAUGCCAUUGAAGUAUAUAAUCCAAAAGGAAUUAAAGGACAGGGAUUGGUCUUUUCAUAAAUUUGUUUUGUUGUGUUUUUUUUGUCUUGUUUCCUUGUGCCCC